AAUUCAAUUGUUUUAACAGUUCAUGUAAUUUGACUUGGCACUUUAACAUGUGUUGCUGUUCUUUUAAGUGAUUUUUUGUUAACGAAUAUUGGAACCAGAAGAUGAUAUAAUUUUGAAUUAUUUAAAUACAAUGAAAAACUUUGUUGCCCUACACUGGAGUUACGUAUGUGGUCAUCAUUUUCUACCUUUGUAUAUAUCUGUUAAAUGUCAAGGUUUACUAACUUACAUGUGUGACGUAAACUAGAACAUAAAAUGACAAAAUUAUGGAACAAAACAAUGAAAAGAUAGAACCUGCCUGACGUAACUGCAAAACCUAAUGUUGUGUUUGGUUGGGGUGAAUCAAAGUGGAGGGAAUGGAAUGAAAUUUGAACUAUAAUUUAGUUGAAUGUAUAAUAAUUUCAUUCCUUCCACCAUUCCAUUCUUAUCACCCUUAACUAAAGCUUAAACUCUUCAUUUUGGGAAGAAAUGCUCCAUUCCUUGUCAUACCUAUUUUCUACCCAAAUUUUAUCACACAAAAUUUGCACUCACUCGUUUUUUUCAAAAUCCUCCCUCCUACACUCUAUUAUUUUCUUUUAUUUUUUACUCAUUCCAUUCCAUUUCAUUCCAUUCACCCCAACCAAACACAACAUAAAAGUACAACUGUUCACAGGGUUUCUCAACCGCGCAAAGGAAAAAAAUUAAUGUCUCAUGAUCCAAAAAUAGUUGGAUAUUCUUACUAUUGGAUAAUUAAUGUAUAAUGUAUAUUGAACUGUUUGUGUAUGCGUUGUUGACAUACUUUUAUUGAAUGUUUAAUUUAACCUAUCUUGAAAAGCAAGACAACUUAUGUAUGCUAGAACUGCCAAAUAAUAAUAGAGAUUUGAAAUUAAUGAUACUUUCCUGAAUUCCCACAAUUGCCAAAAAAAAACUUUAGUCCCGUAUGAACACAAUAAAGUUUACAAUCAUAAAUCAGUCGAUUCGUCUUUGUAGAUUCUUGCUUGCUUCCUCCAUCACUUGGAUUAGAACGCUAUUAGGGUUUUGUCUUUUGGAGUAAGAUUUUACAUUUAGAAUUUUGUUCAGAAACCAAUAAAGCUGUUGAUGUUAAAAUAUAGUCUCGUACUCUGAAAAAUAGAGCACACACCAUUAUGGCAUUAGAAUAUCCUAUAUAACCUAGUUACCUGGUUUGAAGUGAUGAUUAUAACAAUAAACCUACUAGAAAGACACUAUCUAUAAAACAUUGCUAUUUAACACACGCCUUGUUUUUUUUUAACAUCUGAGGUUUGCCCAAUGCACAUAUUACUGUGUUUGGGCUAGAUAAAAGUAUAUCAUCCAAAUCUAUUAUGCCUAUAGCAUAACUUGUUGAUUGUCAAAAUCCAAACCUUACACGGAUCUUACUGAGAUGCAUGGAGAAAUACUGAGUUCUACGUAAUAUUAUGUGACUACAGCUAUGUUUUAAAAUUAGUGGGCUUCUAUAAAACUGAAUUUGUAGUUGGAUUUUGAGCAUUCUUUGAAUGUGUGUGCAGUUGAAUCCAAUAAUUUUCUUUGGUAAAUUUCAACUAUUAUUCAUUUGCAAAACAGCCUGAAUUAGUAAAUAUGUUAUAUAAUGAUGGUGGUUCAAUAGGAUCAUGUUCCUGUCACUUUUUGAACUAGGCAAUAUUGUAUUCACUAACUAGUCUUCACUGUAAAGAUAAGCUGAGGAUUAUUAAGCUAUAGGUGCACUCUAUAUGCGUGAAAAAAUACAAGAUCAAGAUGAUACACUGUUAUUAUUCAAAUACUACAUUUUCCUUGCGUGUUUUUGAUAGAAGUAUAUGUGUCACGCAUAAAGACUAAUGUUAUCAUUAUAUUUGUGGGAUCACCGGAAAAGUCCACAAAAUAUGUUCAGGCCACUGUUAUCUAGUGUUCCCAGUUCAACCUUGUAUGCUGGGAAAACAAGUCCCGCACAGCAUGCAAUUACAUCUGGGAAUUCGAUAACUAGCAGCAACGCAAGUUCUGAUCAGGUCACAGGUGCAGAACACGAUACUGAAGGAAGUGAACAAAAUCAGGACGAUGUAACUAGUGCGUUUAUGGAGAGCCUUGAGGCUCCUCUUGUGUAUACUAAGGAUGAGUUUUAUGACUCUGACAAGGCUGGUGCAGUAAACGAAAGUAUCAUGCAUGAAACCCAAGAUGGAUCUAGUAGUUCUCAGCAUGCUGACUUAGGUGGUAGCCAUGAAAUCUAUGAAAAUCACGGAAACCAUUUUUCUGGUAUGGCAACUGUUGCGGCUUCUGGAACUUCUGAUGCUGCUUUGGAUCAUGACGGUCCUGAAGACAUGCUACUUUGUCAGAGCUGUGGGAAUAUGUAUUAUGACACUGAUUUGACAGAUGCGGAAUUUAAGGUUUGUCAUGACUGCAGGUCGAAUGAGUACUUGACUAUCAGCAAUGUUGUGACAGCCCCAAUCACUGCUGGAAACUUUCCUGUGGCGAACUCAAGGAUUUUGGAAGAGUCGGGUUCAUUUGGCAUAACGGAUCCUUCUGUAGUGGUACCUGUGUCUGCUGCAGUGACUAACAUAGCUGAAUCAGGAACCAGCCAACAUGAAAAUACUAGUAAGGAAAACACGGGUUCCUACAGUGAGCCAAUUUGGGAUUUCCUGUCUACGGAUUCUGUUUCAGGGAACGUUGCGGAAGAAAGCGAUCAGAGGCAUCCUAACCCUCGAGUAGUAGGUCAACCUACAACUAGCUAUUGUGUACCUGAUGGUGGGACUGGUGAUCAGCAAAUGAAAAGAUCUCAUGACUAUCCACCUGUUAAUGCUUCAGGAGGUGCAGGCAUCUCUGUUCUGCUGAACAGAUCAAGUAGUGGCAGAGGUGCAUUUCUCCAAAGCAGGUCUUUUACCGCCAGUAGUAAUUCUUAUGACGAUUCAUCUUAUGUAAGAGAUAGUGCAUAUAGCUUGAGAAGCUCUUAUGGGCAUGGCAGUUUGUCUGCAUCAUCUUCGGUUGACUUGGGUUUGUAUAGACAAACAGAGGCUCGUGUUCAGAGGCAGCUAAGUGGGAAACAAUCUGACCUCGAAAAUUACAGGCAUGACAUGAACACUAAACACCAGCGAACUGGCUCAUCUUUGUCCGCUGCUUCAAAUCCUGCAUUGCAAACUUCAAGUUUUGCACCAGGCAUGCUUGAACAAAGUCCUGAUGUAUCUCUUUCCCAAGUAAGAAAUGAUGCAGUUGCAACACUUGCUGAUGCUGAGGAACAUUUACUUUCUUCAGAAAAUAUGGAAGAAGAUGAUGUGCGCACUGAUGGUGAGAGUACCUAUAAGUGUAAAACAAUGGAUCCGUCUCCCUCAGAAUCAUCGACCAAUAUACUAAACAAGCAUCAGCUUAGUACGUUGACUUCAUUUUCAAACUCUGAAGAGUCUUCUUCAUAUGAGAAUGUUGAAGACUUGACCAAUAAUUUGAAAAAUGUUGUGGUUGUAGAAGCAUCAACCAAUUCCUUGGAGUCUUCUGUUGUGGGGGAAGAGACAGUGCCAAGUUCUUCCGUUGACAUGGUUGAAGGUCCUAAAUUUAAUUCUCAAAGUUCUUUUGAUAAAAUUUCUGAAAUAGAAACUGAGAAUGUGCAUCAAGGUACUCCGGAGAUACCUUCUGAUACUGUCUCCACAAGUUCAAGAAGCAGCAUGAAUGAAAUACUGGAUCCUCACAAUACUACCACAUCUGAUAAAGAUAUUACUUUGGCUGCAGAACCUGACAUUUCAAGUGACGAACAUCGCACCCUUGAGGAAUCAACGGUGAUGGUGGUGGGUAAAGGUGGAUCCAAAGCCAGAAGCUUGACUCUGGAAGAAGCAACAGAUGCAAUACUUUUCUGCAGCUCUAUUGUUCAUGAUAUGGCCUAUAAUGCUGCAACCAUAGCAAUAGAAAAGGAAAACCCUGCUCCAGUGGAAGGAUCUCGCCCGACUGUUACUAUAUUGGGAAAAGCGAACCCUGAAAGAAAAAAAGCAAAGCCAAGGCGAGAUGAAAGUGACACAAAGCCUCCUAGCAACAGCAGUAACGAUGAAAAUAUUGACGUAUCCACAAACCGCAUUGUUGGAGCGUAUGAUAAUGAUGCCAAGAGCAUGAAAGCACCUCCUAAGCUGGAGUCCAAGUGCAAUUGUACAAUAAUGUAAAAGUUGUUGACUGCUAUUUGCCGCAAGUGCUGCUCUCUUGGUCCAAUUCAGAUAAAAAGGUAGCGGGUGCUUUUCAUUACAUAUAUUCGGGUUGAUUUUUACAGCAUUGUCGCCAAAUGCUAUUUGUUGCUAUUUUUACAUAGUCGGUAACAACACAUCUUUGUAGUGUCAUAAUCCUUGUAAAGUUAAGAAAUUUAUUAGGCUAAUAGUUGGAAGACAUUGGAGGUUGUUAGUGUUAUGUACUUGGUUAUCGUGUUGGACAAAUAGAGCAGCAAGCUUCAAGUCCCUUGUUGAGGUGAUAAGAGGAAUGGGAAUGUGAUGAACAAGAGCAAUUCAAUUCUUGUCCCUUCUUCGUUUAUAUGUAUUUUGUAGCUGAUUUCUUGGAAGCAGCUGUUUGUAUUCACCUUUAGUAGUUUGGCAGAUAGAUGAAAAACAACAAUAAACUGUAUUUUAUUUGUUCAUAUUAUUCAGAAAUUACUAGUUGUGAUUAAAGAGUGUGUUUUCUUGUAA